CACCGACGUGCCCUCCUCCUCCUCUCCAUAUUUAAACCGAGUUGGGGUCUGAAUGUAUGAAGAACCUCCCAGACAGCAGCCGGCUCCAUCCAUUCACCACUUUUAUGCAGCGCCAUGACGCACGCUGCUCUUUUUCUUCCUCUAAUUCUAACUUUAUCAUCAUUCCUGGGCUUCUCCACCGCGCAAGCCUCCGCCAUCUGCCCCUGGACCAAAGUUAUGCCCGACAACAAUCUGUACUACAAUUUUGUGAGGACGGACAAUGGACAGAGUCAUCCCUCCACGCGCCUGUACCACAGCUUCUGGUCCGGGUCCGAGCAGCACCUGCUACUCAGCUGCAGCUGGACCGAGGACGUGGAGGUGAUCCGGAGCUACCUGUCCGUGUGCCGGCAGCGCCCACAGGACUUUUCCGGUCCGCCAAAGGAAAAUCUGGAGAAUCUCCUUUUGGGGGCUGAUCAAUGCGUUCCUUUGACGUCUGGGAUGCUGGAGAGCAGAGGGAGGAGAGACAGGAGGAGCGUUGGAGGUCCAGGACAAGAAGAAAGGUCAGAGGUCGCAAAGCAUCCGCGUGUGAAGCGCGGCUUCAUUGUUCCGGGGACUCUAUGGUGCGGUUCUGGCAACAAGGCGCCUUCAUACACAGAUCUGGGAGUCUUCUCCAACACGGACAGCUGCUGCCGGGAGCACGACCAGUGCAAACACACCAUCUUGUCCUUUCAGUCUGGCUUUGGUGUCUUCAACAGCAACAUCUUCACCAUGUCCCACUGCGACUGCGAUAAAACGUUUCGCAGCUGUCUGAGGGAGGCAAACGACAGGAUAUCAGAAGUGGUGGAAUACACCUUCUUCAACCUGCUGAAGAUGCACUGCUUCACACUCUCCAACAGGCUCCAGUGUGCAGAGAGAAAUUGGUUUGGGAUGUGUAAAAAAAGUCAAAUGGCGUUGUACGCUGAUGUCCACCCACCAGAACUGUCUGAAGCUCCCCAGCCAAAGGCCUGCUUGAACACCUCAUGCAUCAACAUUAAUGCGACAAUACCUGCAGAACUCUUGGAGAGCAGCUUGACAGAUCCAGAGCUCCACAGAAUGUCCACCACAGCUUCAACUCCUGCUGCCCCUGCCUCUUCGGGCAGCUCCCCCUCCAUCACUGCUGCUGCCCAUCGUCCAGAUUCCACUGCACUGGUGAGACCUAAAGGAUCCGCGCCAGAGGGGAAAGAUGAGCUGAUGGUGGUACCCAUCAAACACCAGACUGACAUGAGUCGGUACAAAAACAUCUCAGAGGAACAGAUGUCCUGUGGUGUGUAUAAAGAUCUUGAUGAAUGCAGGAGUAAGAUCCCGCCCCAGCAGAGGAGACAUGGCCUCCAGAACUCGGAAGAUAGGACACUGUACCACUGCAACUGCACCACCAGAUUGUUCCAGACUCUGGCUCAACAGAAGCAGCUGACAAAAGUGCAGACUUUUCUACUAGGACACGUGUCUCUGUCCUGCUUCCUGCUGCCGAACUGCCCAACAGGCAACACCUGCACAGCAAUGGUUGUGAAAGCUGAGCUUCCUGGGCUGAACCAGAGGCCUGCAGAGGUGGAGGAGCAGCGCCAUCUACAGGCGGUGAGGCUGAAGGUCAGCAGGACAAACAUGAGAGCAAAGAGGAAAGACAGACCUGUUAGACUCUACAAGCUGUGUCAAAGGAUGACUCGAACCAAACACACACAGAAGGUCACGACUCGAGGAUAAAACCCAAAUGACCGGGACGAUUUUAGAAAGGCUGAGAAAUCAGCACUAAGGGAAGAUUUAGAGUCCUUAAAAUGUAUAAAUGUAGAUUAAAAAUGUGCUCUUGAAAGUUUUUCUUUUAAUAUUGUCAGUUUUAUAGGCUGUUGUUGUGUCCUGAAUUAGACUGACACGUAUUCAAAUUUAAUUAUAGCUUAAAAUCUAUAAUAUGCACCAGUUAACAGAAGUACCAUGUAUCUUUGACAUUUUUUUAUAUUUUAGAAUAUAAAUGUAACAAAUUUGCAAGAAUGUGUUUUAAUAAUAAGCUGCUUUAGAAAAUGUGUCAUUUUUUUAUGUUAUUUUAUAAUACUCACCAAAUAUUUAUUUGAUAUUAUUAAUGCCUCCAGUACUGAAAGCUUUGAAUUUGUUAAAUAUUGCACUGUUUUGUAUUUUCUGUCAACAAUUGGGAUGAUAGAAAUAAUGAAAACUCGACCCUGCGCCCACAAAACUUGCUCAUUUAUCCAGAUGAAAUUCUAAUUGACGGGUGAGGUUUGUGAGUCACACUUUUGAUGUUUCUGAGACAAUGGAGCAGAAAAACUGAGAUGAAAACAAAUAUUUUGUUUGAUAGAUUUUCAGCAUUUGUUUGUGCUUCUGUUUAGUUUAAAAAAAUAUUAACUUUAAACUUUGUUACAUAGUGAAGUGUGGUGAGGAAAAAUGACUCAUCAUGCUUCUUGGCUGAGUAGUAAAUAAGUCAGUUUAUUCUCUCUCAGCCUUCAAAAAUGACACCUUAUCCAUGCUUCUUCCAGUUCCCGAGUCUGUCAGGUUCACAGAUUCUCUCAGUCCUCCGCCACACUCAGCAGUCCACCUAUAUACACACCCUUAAGACCCCGCCUCCAAUUAAGAUUGGCCAAUCACCUCAGCCUUUCACAGGAGAAAAGCACAUUAAAGUGUUUCACAUUACCAUCUCAAUAAUAAAAUAUACAUUUAAACCACAUGCAAUUCACACAUAAUUUGUUCUAGACAUUUCUCUAAGUUCCUCCAACCAUGGUCAAACAUUUUCUAUGAAAAGGCUGCAUUUGAGGUGGGCUCCCCCUUUAGCGCCUUCAAGAUGGCUGCCAGAGAGGACACGCCCUGAGGGUAACAGACAUUUUAAGUCUGACAAAGCUAACACUAUAAUCACUGUCUUAAACACUAAAGAAAAAUGUUUUGUUUUCUUAACAAACUUUUAAAAGACUGGUUCUCUUGCAGUAGAUUUAUAAUGAUAUGUCGGCUGUAGCUUUCCCUUUAUUAAUGCACUUGUAUUUGUACAAUAUUCUGUUUGUCUAGUUGAGCCUAUUUAUAAAUUGUAUAUAGUUGUGCAUAUGAAAUAUUUGCUUUAUGAGACAAGAAAUAAAUGUGACUGAUUAAAGUAGAACAAUUGAAUAAUUAAAAAAAUGGCUAAUUUCUUCUCUAUCGGUCCCUUGAAGCUUGAUGCUAAUAACGUAUGCAUGUGGUCAGUUUGAAGCAAGUUUAGCAAAUAGAAACAAGAACAUCAACAUUUAUUUUAUAGUAACUAGUCAGGCACAUAGCUGAAGUUGAAGUUAAAACACCCCCUAGUGGUGAACUGCAGUUUGACAAAUCGCAGUUUCCAGAAUAUUAACAUGAAA